AUGCUUUUCUCGUCCAGUGCUCUCUACAGUGCUGCAGGUAAAGAUGCCAAGACCUCGCCCGCAACCACUUCACGACAUCGUCGGAAAACCGGGUCCCGCUCACGUUCCCGCUCACCCAUCCCCCGUCGGCACCAUCGUUCAGAGGGCAGACGGGAGAAACCCAGCAGACAAUCACGAUCGCCGCACAGAUCCAGUCGCAGGUCCAGGUCAGGUUCUCGUCCUACCUCCUCCCGCCAUCGGUCCCGUUCAAAGAGCUCUGAGAAACAACCGUCACAGAGGAGGAGGGAUGAGAAAGGGUCCUCGCCAAGGAGGAGAGAUAACAGACGAUCAACUCCAAGGAAGAGCUGUAAGAGACGAUCAUCUCCAAGGAGGACUGAUGAGAAACGAUUGCCCUCAUUUCGGAGUGACAAAAGACGAUUGCCACCAAGGAGGACUGACGAGAGACGAUCGCCACGAAGUAGGGGGUCCAUUCGACGAGAGAGGUUGCGCAGUAAAAAGAGCUUGGCUGAGAAACUACUGGAAAAUUCAGCUGGCCAGUUGCUGUCAAACAAGUCAGACCUGGAUGCUUUGGUUAAAAGUCUGGCUCCUAUCAUACUUGCCAAGCUAGCCAAGAGGAAGUCCCAUUCAUCGUCAUCGUCAUCGUCAUCAUCAUCAUCCCCCUCCUCCUCCUCCUCCUCCUCCUCCCUCUCCUCUUCCAAUGAAGGAAAGACCACCUCGUCUUCUUCUUCCUCAUCCUCUACAGCAAAGAAGGAGUUGACUAAAAAGCCUUCUGAAGCAAAGCCCAGCCUGCAGAAGAGUGAGGCAAGUUCUUCCACAAAGACUAAGUGUGUUAAACCUUCACCUCCAACCAUGGUGAAACUAAAAGGGAUUCAUAGUUCUGUCUCUCGCAGCGACGUGUUGGCUGCUUUGGAGCGCUUUGGAAAAACCAAGUCAUUCUUACUGUUUCCGUCCAAGCUGGAGGCAAUCGUGUGUUUUGAGAAAGAAGAAGACGCAGAGCAACUGAAGAGCCUGAAGAGCCUCGAUGUGAAAGGAAUUCAAAUAACUGUUGUUGGAGGAAAGGACACUGUGUGUGUGGAGCAAAAGAAGCCUCCUCUGAGAGAACCUUCCAUGUCCAGUGUCUCCACACCUCUAAACACUUCCACUGUCACGAGAAAGGUCCUUCUCCCUACAGCUGACAUGAUUCCACUGGAACUGCCUAAAACGCCUCCGUCGUCACCUUCUGGACCCGAAAGAGAUCCAACAGGCGAACUCCAGAACAGUGCAGCUGAAGCCACCGAAGCAGAAAACAUCUCAGCCGAGCAAGACAAUGAAAUGCCCCAGGUGUUUCAAACAGUUACCUCCGUUACCCCUCUGACUGUUGGCGAGACUAUAGAAAAACACCUGCAUCGAGACAGAAUAAAGCUCUUCACGAAAGAAAGCGUCUUAUGGGAAAAGACAAUCGAGUGUUUUGAGAAAGAAGACGACGCAAAGAAACUGAAGAGCCUGAAGAGCCUCGAUGUGAAAGGAUUUCAAAUCCCUGUUGUUGGAGCAAAGAAGACUGUUUGUGUGAAGCAAAAGAAGCAUCCUAAGCAAAAGAAGCGUCCUCUGAAAAAACGUUCCAUGUCCAGCGUCAUCACAUGUGUAAACACUUCCACGAUCACGAGAAAACCUUCCGUGUCCAGCGUCAUCACACGUGUAAACACUUCCACGAUCGCGAGAAUGGUCAUUCUCCCUACACCUGGUGUGAUUCCACUUGAACUGCCUAAAAGGCCUCCAUCUUCACCUUAUGGAGCCUUAUGGAGAAGAGCUACAGCAGAAAAUGAAAUGGUAAAAACAGGAAAGUUGCCCGUGAAGGGAGCUGUGAGAAAGCAAAAAACAUCCCCAGUAUCCAAGUCCACGACUCCAGAAAUUCAGCCUGACGUAGAAUAA